AUGACGGCGUUCCCUCACUCCCCGCGGAUCCCCCUCUCCACUCUCUCUCGGCUUCCCACUCUUCCUCCACUAUCGCUCUCCUCCUGCCUCGUCGGAGUCCCGGGCUUGAAUGGAGAUCGGGUGCAGCAGGCAGAGAGACCCGUAGUGGCUGGUCCUCUGCAGCUGGUCCUCAGAAGAGCCUCCACAUUCAGUCGGGGGCCCCUCCUCUGGGCCCCUCCUCUGGGCCCCUCCCCCGGGGCCCGGACACUGGUCUGCCUGUGCUGCACCACCGUCUCUCGGUCCCGAGACGCUGCGGAGAAAGUGAUGAGUGUCUUGUUUCGUGUCGUGGAGAAAGAUGCUGCUGUUCGGAAAACCCCAGAGGUGACAGACUGA